AUGGCGGCCAUUGCGUCGUCCUCCGCCGUGCGCGUUGCUGCCUUCUCCCUGAAGGCCAACAGCCAGAAGAAGCUCAAUGGCAGCAGCUUCGUCGCUGGCGCUCCCCUCCGGGUGUCGUCCUCCGCCAUCUCCUCCCGCUUGACAAUGGCGGCGGAGGCUCCCGAGGGCUUCUCUCCUCCCGAGCUGAAGUCUGACACUCCCUCCCCGAUCUUCGGUGGAAGCACCGGUGGCCUUCUCCGUAAGGCUCAGGUCGAGGAGUUCUAUGUCAUCACCUGGGAGUCUAAGAAGGAGCAGAUCUUCGAGAUGCCCACCGGUGGUGCCGCCAUCAUGAGGUCCGGCCCUAACUUGCUGAAGCUCGCAAGGAAGGAGCAGUGCCUCGCUCUCGGUACACAGCUCCGCACCAAGUUCAAGAUCAACUACCAAUUCUACCGAGUGUUCCCCAGCGGUGAGGUCCAGUACCUUCACCCCAAGGAUGGUGUGUACCCCGAGAAGGUGAAUGCUGGCCGUGCCAACGCGAACGUGAACCUCCGCUCUAUUGGCAAGAACGUGGACCCCGCAGCUGUGAAGUUCAGUGGCAAGCGCGCCAUUGAUCUUCUGUACCGCAUCCCUUCCCUCCAUCCCCCCACUUCAUCUCCUCCCCAUCCCCUCUCCCUCCCCUUUCCGUCCCUUCCCCGCGCCUGCCCCUAUUCCCCGCGCUCUCUCCCUGCGCCGACCUUUCCUUCCCCCGAUUCCUCCGCGCAGCCGUCGUGCGCGGCUGAAUUCGAGCCAGACGAAGGCCCGCAGCCGCAGCUGCUGCUGAUUAAGAUCUCCGGAACUGGCUUGGGUUUGCUCCGCCAAGCGCCGUUCCUGCAGCUAUCCACCCCCGCGGCGCAACGCGAGGGGAUAGGCGUAACAGGUGGCGCGCGGAAGGGCGCGGGGGAAGGGGGCGGUGGCGGAAGGGAUUCAUGGGUUGCGGGGGGGGAACAAGCGGGGGGCGGCGGGGAGGAAGCGGUUGCCGGGGGAAGUGUGGCAGCAGAAUUCGGUGGGGGAAAAGAGACGGGGAAAAACGAGGGGCAGUGUGGGGUCGGGGGAGGGGAGGAGAAGUUGGAGGGGUGCGGGGAAGCGGGGAAAGCGGCAGGCAUGGGGGGAAUGGUAAGAGAGAGCAAUUCGUGCAGCAGUAGCAGCAGCAGCUGCCACGUGGCGGGAUACGCGGAGGGAAUUCUUAACCUUCAGGAGCAGCAGGAGCUAGGGCUGCGCGGUCCCUCUGUUCCCGCGCAGCAGGGUUCCGCCGCCAUCCGCGCGGAUAGCGGAAUUUACUUCCCCCAGGGGGGGUCUACUUCCCCCUCUGGUGGCGCUGACUUUCCCCUCGAAGGAAGUGCGGAGAGCUCUGCAGGAGGGUUGGGGGGGGUGGGGGAGUUGGCGGGGAUGGGGGGAACGGAACCGGGGGGAGGGGGGGGUGGCGAGCCGUUAGCAGGGGCGGGAGGGGGCGCAGCAGCGGCGGGGGGGGGUGCGGGGGGUGGAGCGGGCGGGUGGCAGGGGCGCGGGUGGGCUCGCGUGGGGCAUGCGCUGAACGAGGGGCUGCUGCGCGCGACGCAGAGGCGGCUGCGCGUGGACGUGCAGCUGCUGUGGCGCUUCCUGCAGAUCCUGUGCCUGCAACUGAGGGAGGGCUUGAGGGGAGCUGCAUCCACCCCCAUUGCCACUGUCACCUCGGGACGCAACCGCUCAGAGCGCCUGGCACACCUCUUUCCUGAGUCUUUACGUACGCGUUUUGAGGCGCCCCUGUUCGUUUACACAGAAGAAAAGGCGUAUCUAGCAAUGUCAGAAGCAGCCAAGGAGAUGGUGGGCGUGCGCUCGGUCAACAAGAGCAUCCCUGCUCACAACCGCUGCUUUGGCGCCUGGUGGAAGAGUGUGUUGGUGGAUCUAGUGGUGGGAUAUGACACUAUUCUAAUGAACUCCCUCAUUUCCUCGCGAGGCAAAGGUUUCCUGUACAACGCGCACACCAAGGAGCUAUACGAUCUCAACCUUGCAGCCACCAGAGGCAGAGCCGCUGCUACGUCCUUCGAAGACGUGAUCUCGUUCAAGAUCGGAGUGGUGUUCACAUCAGUGUUUAUAUUCUUCAUGACCCUCCUCGCUGUCUCCUUCACCCUCAGAGAAACGCAGAGCCGCAUGCUCAAGUUCACAAUCGCCCUGCACCACCACGCAAGGCACCGUCUCCCCACGUUCCGCCUCAUCGCCAUGCACAUCCUUGAGUCCCUCGUCUUCAUCCCGAUCAUGAUCGGCAUUCUCUUCGUCCUCUUUGAGUUCUACGACGACCAGCUCCUGGCCUUCAUGGUGCUCACGCUCGUGUGGCUCUGCGAGAUCUUCACGCUCAUCAGCUGUCGUUCCCCUCUGUCGCGGCGAUUCUUCCCCAAGUUCUUCUUCCUCUUCUUCCUCCUCUUCCACGUCUACUUCUUCACAUUCACCUACGGGUUCUCCUAUCUAGCCUUUGCCACAGCAGCGGCCUUCCUUAACCACAUUGCCAUCUUCCUCUGGAACCGAUGCGAGUCCAGCGCAAGGGGGUAUGGAGGGGUGUGGGAAGGUGGGGGCUUGUGGGACCACGAGGAGGAGGAGCAGUGGGGUUGUGCUGAUGUGGUGGGGAGGAGUGCGGAUGGGUGGAAUGGUGUGAGCAGCGAGGGAGGGGGUGUUGAUCGUGCAGGUGGGGGGUCUGGUUGGGGCCGUGAGCAGGGAGUUAGGGUUGAAAGCUGUGAUGGGUAUGAUAGUGAUGAGGAGGAAGAGGAGGAGGAGGGGGGGGAGGAGGAGGAGGAGGAGGAUGCAGGCAUGAGUGAUGGUGGUGAGGAUGAGGAGAUUAUUAGUGUUACUGCUGAUGUUGACAUGGGCUGUGAUGGUAGCAGCAUUGACGCCGUAACUGCACCUGCUGCUGCUGCUGCUGCUGCUGCGGCUGUUGCUGCCUCUGCAGAUGCAACUGGCGCUGAUGAUAGCGAUGAUGUUACGGAAAAGCAUGCAUUGAGUGAAAGGCCACUACAGGCCGGGGCCUCGGACUAG